AUUUACAGGGUUGUUUUUUUUCUCUCUGGGUUUUGGCGGAAGUUAUUUUGCAUUUUGAGAGGAUUGUGUGCGCUCGUUUGUCUUAGCCAUGCCCACAAUCUGAUUCCAGAAAAAAACACUUGGAGAUAUUAUUUAAAGUAAAGAGAGUAAGCCAGGGUUUUCGGGAUAUUCAGGAUUUUAUUCCGGUCGGUUUUUCGAGAAUGAAUUCCGCCAGUUUCACCCCGCCGAGAUCCCCGAGACUGUUCGGUGGCAGCAGUGCUGGUAGCCACAAAUCGAGCAGCAAUAAGGCGCAUCACGCACUGACCACGUCAGCAUCAUCGCCGCUCCUGCACCCGCCAUCUCUCUUGCCUACCAGUGUGCUGGGCGAGGCGCUGAAACUCGCUCUGUUGCCUGUGCAACUUGAUGACCCGAAACUUUCGCCAACUUUGCACCACCGACUCAGUCCUGUGCCUCCACAUGACCAGCACGCGUCAUCUACCAAGCGACGCAGCAAUAAUAAGUCGCCGCUCUCACACACGGUGUCAGAGGGAAUCCUGUGCAACAAAUGGAUGCUCGCUGACGCGCUUGACAAAUUGGCAGAAGCGAAUUCCGUUUCCGCAGCAGUACGCUGGCCCACGUCACCGGAUGACUACGAGCUUCAAGAAGUAAUAGGUGUUGGAGCCACCGCAGCAGUGCAAGAGGCCUUUUGCAAACCGCGCAAGGAAAAAUGCGCCAUCAAGCGCAUCAACCUGGACAAAUGGAACACGACCAUGGAGGAAUUGCUGAAAGAGAUACAAGCCAUGUCGAUGUGUGUUGGAGCCACCGCAGCAGUGCAAGAGGCCUUUUGCAAACCACGCAAGGAAAAAUGCGCCAUCAAGCGCAUCAACCUGGACAAAUGGAACACGACCAUGGAGGAAUUGCUGAAAGAGAUACAAGCCAUGUCGAUGUGUCACCACGAAAACGUGGUCACCUAUUUCACGAGCUUUGUGGUUGGCGAGGAGCUCUGGCUGAUCCUUCGACUCAUGGGCAGUGGUUCUCUCCUGGACAUCAUCCGGUAUCGCGUCAAGGCAACCGACUGCAAACACGGCGUGUUUGACGAAGCCACCAUUGCCACGGUGUUGCGAGAAGUUCUCAAGGGACUAGAGUACUUUCACAACAACGGGCAAAUCCACAGGGACAUCAAAGCAGGUAAUGUGUUGAUUGGCAUCGACGGGUCUGUGCAAAUCGCGGAUUUCGGAGUGAGUGCCUGGCUGGCGACCGGCGGGGAUUUGUCUCGGACCAAGAGCAGGCACACGUUUGUGGGCACCCCGUGUUGGAUGGCGCCCGAGGUCAUGGAACAGGUCACUGGCUACGACUACAAGGCGGACAUUUGGUCCCUGGGCAUCACUGCCAUAGAACUGGCCACAGGCACGGCCCCGUACCACAAGUACCCACCCAUGAAGGUGUUGAUGUUGACGCUGCAGAACGAUCCUCCAGUCUUGGAGUCCGGGACUGAUGACAAGGAACAAUACAAGCACUACAGCACUUUGCUGCGCAAAUUCAUCGCAGCCUGUCUCCAAAAGGACCCGACGAAACGCCCAUCGGCGACUGACCUACUCAAGCAUCCGUUCAUCCUGCGCAAGUCCAAAGACAAGGCCUACCUUCAACUCACACUCCUGGGAUCUGCUCCUAAUCUAGAAGAACGCGUGGUUGGCGUUUAUUCUCAGAACCAGCGCCCACCCACUUCCGCUCGUGUCCACCGGAAGGAAGAUAACACAUGGGAAUGGUCUUCCGACGACGACGAUGUCGAACGUGCGGUGAAUGGGAAAGGAAGUGGUGAUGGUGAUGAGCGCGAGCGUGUUGUCAAUAAUGAUGUGAAUGAGUCUCGCAAUAACGAACGUGGUGUUAUUGGCACGAAUUCGGAUUCAGCAAAGAAGAAUAAUGUUGGUGUUGAUAAUGGAGUACUACUUCCGGUUGUGACUGCUCCGGAACACGAUUUAUUGUCGUCUGUCGACGAAUGCAAAGUACAAAUUCGGACUGAAGAACAAGACAAGUGCAAUAAUGCUGAAGAGAGAUCCGGGGAUUUGAAAGCAAACAUUUCUUGCGUUAAUGAAGGGUCACAGGAAAAGCGUACAAUUCCGUCAGGGAAAAAUGAACUCAUUUCUUCAACCAAAAGUCCCGUGAAUGGCGCUUCAUCGGGCACACUUGAUGGCAUCUUCGAGGAAACUGCUCCCAUUAGCCUUGUUCUGAGAAUGAGAAAUUCUCAUGGGGAGCUCAACGAUAUUCGAUUCGAGUUCCAACUGGGCAAGGACACAGCGCCGGGGAUUGCGAGUGAACUCGUUGGAGCAGGACUCGUUAAUCCGCAAGAUAUGGCUUCUGUGAUCACGAGUCUAGACAAUAUCUUGCUGCAAUACAUGACUGCAAAGUGUGCUCUAUUGUCUGAAGGCGUGGUCACGGCAAGCAAUAACUCCCUCCUCCCAGCAAUUGGUGUCUCAUUCCCGUUGAACUCGUGUAUGAUUCGUGGGGAUCCCAUGGAUGAGAAGACACUGCUGGGAUUCGCGCUUUUGACAAUUGGCGACUGAUUCAGCCGAGUCUUUUCCUGCUUUGCAUACAGUGCAUUGAGAUUUUCACCAAAUUUCUUUCAAGUAUUGAGUAAGAAUUUUCAAUACAUCUUUCGUGUGUGUGUGUCUGCUAUUUCAAGAGACCAAAUGGGAAGGUUUUUAUUUUGGCUGAAGUGCCUUAUUAAGAUGAUUUCUGGGAGAGCGUCUGAAGAAGAUUAGUUUGCAUAAAAAUGUUUGCUUGGA